AUGCGACCUACAAAUCUUGGCUUCCGAAGCCCGAAAGAAAGGACUCCUGAAUUUUAUGACCCUAUUGUGACGUUUGAUGGCCGAUCUCUUUCAAGUUCUCCUGGAAAAUUAAGACCAUCUUUCUCGAAAAGCAGACGUUUUGCUCAAUAUGAUGACGAAGCAAAAAAAACUGGCUUUCGUGUUGGACCAGGAUCGUAUAGUCAACAGCAGAAAUCAAUAGCUGCUGAACGCAUAAAAGGAACUCCUUUAUAUUGUAAAUUUCAUGGGAACAAAGACACUUCAAAUAAUGGAUACUAUAUGGUUGGGAAUCACCUAGUUUAUGAUGCUUCCUUUGUAUUGAAAGCAAGAAAACCAAGCAUUAGUGAAGCUAUUUCACGUGUGGACCCAAGCCAAGUCUUAUCAAAUUCUUUUACUCGUCCUACAACUGCUAGCAAUGACAAAUUUUCCCCAAAACAAACGCAAGGAUCUCCUUGGUUUAUGAAAAUUGACGGAUCUCCUAGAACAAUUAAAACUGAAGGAUCACCAUACAGCAUAAAAAGACCAACGUCUGGAAGAAGGCAUAAAAAAUCGCCUUACGAAAAUUAA